GCGCGGGUCUACAGUUGAAAACAAGCUGAAGAUAUAAACGUGACGAAAGUUUUCCGUGUAAAUCGGACGUUAGCGCCUCUAGCGAGUUGCGCAACAGUCGCUAGACCUUAACAGCAUUGCAACUUUUUGGCGCCAACUGACAUUCUGACUGCAAGGCGCUGUAUACUCCAAUUCUGUGAAAAUUACGUAGAAAAAUCAGUACGUACGCGAACGACGAUAUCAGAAACAAUUGAUCGUUCGUACGUUGCAGUCAUAAAAACGGUUUUACACGGGCAUUUCUAAACAUAACCUCGGUAUGGUUUCAGUGCCGCCAAGGAAAGCAACAAAACGGUCUGCUGUAGUUUCAUCGAAAGGUCCACGGGAACCGAAGCAAAUUAAGAAAAAACAAAUUACGACACCUGACUUGCGACAGUCUGCAACUGGCGGCGUAUUGUUGGUAUUUGGACAAGGCGAUGUGGGACAACUUGGUUUGGGAGAGGAGAUUGUUGAGAAAACGCGUCCAGCAACAAUUUCUGGAUAUCAAGAUAUCAUAGCCAUAGCAGCUGGUGGCAUGCAUAAUGUAUGCUUGAGGAAAACAGGAGAAAUAUUAACAUUUGGAUGUAAUGAUGAAGGAGCAUUGGGACGAGAUACAUCUGUGGAGGGUUCUGAAACUAAACCAGGUCCUGUCGAUCUGCCAGCCAAAGUCGUUCAGGUGACGGCUGGAGACUCCCAUAGCGCUGCCCUCUUAGAAGAUGGGAGAGUUUUUGCAUGGGGCUCUUUCAGGGAUUCCCAUGGUACUAUGGGUUUAACAAUGAAAGGAAACGAACGAUUCCCAAUAGAAAUGCUACCUAACAUUAAAGUAAUCAAAAUAGCAUCUGGUGCUGACCAUUUAGUAUUACUUAACGAAAAUGGACACGUGUAUACAUGUGGUUGCGCGGAACAAGGUCAAUUAGGACGAAUAGCUCCGAGAGCAGCUAAUAGAAAUACCCGUCGCGGCAUGGGUCCGAUGUUAUCCCCAGAUUUAGUUCAAUUUAAAAUUACGCAAAAAUUAGGAUUCGAUGAUAUCUGGGCUGGAACAUACUGUACAUUUGCUAAAGAAAACCACACUGGAAAUAUAUAUGUAUUUGGUUUAAAUAAUUAUUAUCAAAUUGGCUUAGAAGAUCCAGUGACUCAGUUCUAUCCUCAAAUAUCAAAAAGCUUUAGUGGAAAAAUUUGGAGACAUAUCGGUAGUGGACAACAUCAUACUAUUGCCCUGGAUGAUUCUGGCAAGGUAUUCGUUUUAGGUCGUAAAGAAUACGGUCGCCUCGGACUUGGACCUAACUGCGUAGAUGCAAAGCAAUUAACAGCAGUUCCUGCUUUAAGUUCCUUUAAAUGUGUUGACGUUGCGGCGGGAAGCGCUCAAUCCUUCGCGGUUACCGAGUCGGGAGAUUUAUAUUCGUGGGGUAUGGGAACGAGUGCACAACUAGGUACAGGAGAAGAAGAAGACGUCGAAGAACCUGUACUAGUCAAAGGAAAACAACUGGAAGGCAAAACAAUAGUACGGGUGUCGGGUGGAGGUCAACAUACGAUAGCACUAGCAAUAACUCGUGCAGGAAAAGACGAAACUGCUGACAAAUAAAAUACUUCACUAAACUUAAAAAAAAUCUCUAUGUGAUAGGAAUUUGGACAACGAAAAAAAGAAAAUUUGCAAAAAAACUCGACUUAAAGGAGAAAGUGUAAUUAAAGAUAUUUUUCAUGUUAUACUGUAAUUUUGACAUUCAUACAAGAUACUUCAAUCUGUACAUAAUUUCUUGUGCUACAGAAAUUAAAUCAUUGUGCUUGUAAUGAUUAAUAUAUAAAUAAACAUUUUUCUACAUGUGAAUUAUAUUUUGUUUAAAAAUAUAUUGGUUUGUUUGUUUAUA